AUGGAUGGUUUAUCCUCGGCGUCGAGCGUUAUCGCAGUCAUUCAACUAACGGGAAACCUCGUGAAGCUUUGCGGGGGCUACAUUCAAGAGGUAAAAGAUGCACGAGACGAAAUUUUUACCUUACAACGGUCGAUUGCAGGCCUCCACGGGACACUCCAAGACCUACAGAGAUUCCUUCAAAGUAACGACGGAAAGGCCCUACCUACCUCCUCACGUCUAGUCAGCAAUAUUACCGAUUGCCUCUCCGACCUCCGAGCCUUAGAAGCGAGACUUGAUCCAGGAAAGGGAGAGAAGCUGAUGAGGAAAGUGGGAUUCCGAGCCCUAAAGUGGCCCCUGAAACGCAAAGAGGUGGAGGGCGUUACUCAGAACCUCGAGAAAUAUAAAUCUUCAUUCCUCUUGUCUUUACAUGUGGAUCAGAGUUCUCUGAUGGUCGGCGUGGUCCAUAAUACCGAUCGUAUUAAUCAACAUCUGGAUCUUGGGAAGUUAGAAGGCGCCAUGGAGGCAGGGUUUGAGUCAUUCUCCGAUCGAGACGAAGUCCAAUGUCUCCAAGGCACUAGGACCGAGCUCCUCCAGCAGAUAAUGGAAUGGGCUAUGUCGCCGUCCCAAAAAAGCAUUUUCUGGUUAAAGGGAAUGGCUGGGACAGGAAAAUCCACAAUAUCUCGGACUGUGGCACGGUCGCUCAAGGACACCAACCAUCUAGGUGCUAGCUUCUUCUUUAAGAGGGGUGAAGGGGACCGAGGAAACGCCAAGAAGUUUUUCCCGACAUUAAUAAGGCAACUGAUGCUCGGGAUCUCUGAGCUGAGGUCUAGUGUGCAAAAGGCACUCGAUCAUGACCCUGACAUUGCGUCAAAAUCGCUUAGGGAGCAGUUUGAGAAACUACUCCUUCAACCGCUGCUCAAUCUUAACCAACUCGGCCGACAACCUCAAACCGCUGUGAUGGUGAUCGACGCGUUGGACGAAUGUGAACAUGAUCAAGAUGUCCGAAACAUAAUUCGAUUACUGCCUCUUCUACAGAAGGCAAAAGCGGUUCGCCUUCGGAUCUUCUUGACUAGCAGGCCGGAACUCCCAAUCAGCCUCGGCUUUUCAGACAUCGCGGAUCAUGAAUAUCAGGACCUAGCUCUUCAUGAGAUACCCGAAAAAGUGAUAGAACACGACAUACAUUUAUUCCUACAGGACCGAUUUGCGAAGAUCAAACACGAUAGAAAUAUUUCCCAAGACUGGCCCGGCGAUGACGUCAUCCAAGAAUUGGUCACGAUGUCCGUUCCACUGUUUAUUUCGGCUGCCACUGUGUGCCGUUACAUCGAAAAUGCAAAAUGGGAGCCCAAAUUGCGCCUCGCUGAGCUUCUCACGGACCAAGCCAAAUACAUAUCGAGAAUGGAUAAGACAUAUCUGCCAAUUCUGACACAACUACUAGACGAUCAAGAGAGUGAUGAGUCGGAGCAGCAGCAGCUCCUACAAGAGUUUCAGAGUAUAGUCGGUGUCAUCAUCCUUCUUGCUGUUCCGCUUUCUAUAAAUGCACUGUCGCUGUUUCUCAGGGUAGGUGCAGACCAAAUCAGCAAUCGAUUGGUUUCAUUCCGAUCGGUUUUAAGCAUUCCCAGUGACCGAGAUCAGCCUGUUAGGAUUCUACAUCUAUCGUUCCGGGAUUUUUUGGUCCAGUCUAGAACCAAGUUUCUUGUGGAUGAGCCAAAAAAGCACAAAGACAUUGCUAAGUCCUGUAUCAAAACCAUGCGGAUUUAUCUACAGAAAGAUAUCUGCAAUCUAGCAAGCCCUGGAACGCAUAGGGCAGACAUUGACUCUCAACAUAUCCGCCAGUGUCUACCACCGGAAUUACAAUACUCCUGUCGCUACUGGAUACACCAUCUCGAACGAAGUCAAGCCUUAUCUUCCGAGAUAGAAGAUGUGCGACUAUUCCUCCAGAAGCAUUUUCUGCACUGGGUAGAAGCAAUGAGCCUACUAGGUCUUGCAUCAGAAGUAAUAGGAAUGCUUAAUCUGCUCCAGUUGGCUAUACCAGGCGACCAAGAUUCCGCAAUAUCUGAUUUUCUGCAAGAUGCGAAGCGCUUUAUUCUUAAAAAUCGCCAGAUAGCCGAUGAGACGCCUCUUCAGCUUUAUUACGCAGGACUCAUAUUUGCCCCCCAAACGUCAAUAAUACGGAGAGAGUUCAAAACGGAACUUCCUACUUGGAUAUGCCAGUUACCACGAGUUGAGGAAAGAUGGAGCGCAGAAUUGCAGGCCCUCGAGGGCCAUUCCGGUUGGGUUUGCUCGGUGGCCUUCUCACCCGACGGCCGGCUGCUGGCGUCCGGCUCUAAUGAUAAGACCGUGCGCCUCUGGGACCCGGCGACGGGCGCGCUGCAGCAGACCCUCGAAGGCCAUUCCGAUUCGGUUCGGGCGGUGGCCUUCUCACCCGACGGCCGGCUGCUGGCGUCCGGCUCUGGAGAUAAGACCGUGCGCCUCUGGGACCCAGCGACGGGCGCGCUGCAGCAGACCCUCGAGGGCCAUUCCGGUUGGGUUUGGGCGGUGGCCUUCUCACCCGACGGCCGGCUGCUGGCGUCCGGCUCUAGAGAUAAGACCGUGCGCCUCUGGGACCCGGCGACGGGCGCGCUGCAGCAGACCCUCGAGGGCCAUUCCGAUUCGGUUCGCUCGGUGGCCUUCUCACCCGGCGGCCGGCUGCUGGCGUCCGGCUCUAGAGAUAAGACCGUGCGCCUCUGGGACCCGGCGACGGGCGCGCUGCGGCAGACCCUCGAGGGCCAUUCCGGUUGGGUUUGGGCGGUGGCCUUCUCACCCGACGGCCGGCUGCUGGCGUCCGGCUCUAGAGAUAAGACCGUGCUCCUCUGGGACCCGGCGACGGGCGCGCUGCAGCAGACCCUCGAGGGCCAUUCUGGUUGGGUUCGCGCGGUGGCCUUCUCACCCGACGGCCGGCUGCUGGCGUCCGGCUCUGGAGAUAAGACCGUGCGCCUCUGGGACCCAGCGACGGGCGCGCUGCAGCAGACCCUCGAGGGCCAUUCUGAUUGGGUUUGCGCGGUGGCCUUCUCACCCGACGGCCGGCUGCUGGCGUCCGGCUUUGAUGAUAAGACCGUGCGCCUCUCUGUGAGCAUCGACGGAAUGGUCACUGACCUCGGAUUCUCUCAUGAUUGUUCAUAUCUCAGCACCAAUCUGGGGUCCCUCGAUAUUAAGUCCAGAUGUGGCAAUCGUAUCUCCAAUUCAUCUAAGAAGAAUCUAGAUAUAUAUAUACAGUGGGAGCAUUGGAUAGUUUUGAACGGUGAACAAGUAUUAUGGCUUCCUCCUGAGGCUCGGGCUUGUUGUUCAGCGAUUACAGCUAAUACGCUUGCCCUGGGACACCCAUCAGGUCGAAUUUCCUUCAUAGAAUUUCGGGCAUAA